AUGAUUCCAUACUUCCAAUCCUUAUUACCUCACACUGAAGGAGGAAAGCUUCCAUACUGGUUACUUUUCAUCUCAGUAGUCUCCAUCUUCAACUCAUAUCAAACCUACAAAUCCAAAGAUCUUGAACUCACAAAAAAAGUCUAUGAAAAUGAAUCAUCGCCAUCCCAACCAACAAAACCACAAGUCACUCAUUUAAGUGCCCGUACUUUUGGUACUUGGACAUUAAUCACUUCAAUUGUUAGAUUUUAUGGUGCUUAUUAUGUGACUACUAAACCAGUUUAUGAAUUGGUUCAAUUUACUUUCUUGGUUGCUGCUUGGCAUUUUGGAAGCGAAUGGUUGAUUUAUGGUACUUGUAAAUUGGGUAAAGGAUUAGCUGGCCCUUUGAUUGUAAGUUCUGUUAGUACCAUUUGGAUGUUCUUACAAAAAGAUUAUUAUCUUGGGAGUGCAUAA